GUGACCAUAGUGAGUGACAGCAGACCUGGAGACCGCUCUAACACGUGGCUGUGCCCUUAAUUCUUGUCAUUCCUCACAAUUCCUCAGGUUUACAGCCCGUGGUCAACAACUUCGGUGGCAUAGCAUCAGUUCCUGUGAGUACAGCCCAGCAAACCAUCGCCAUGAUUGUCCGCCACACCGCAGAAGAACCCCUGAACCCCGUCCCGCAGAUCCCCACCGUGAAGGGGAAGGAGAUCGUCGCCCCCGGAGACGGUAUGGGCUACUCCGCGUACGAGGUCGUGCUGGGCAGCGAUGGUAACGACGUGCUGGAGUGCGGAGGACCAGGAUGCACCAGUAACCACAUGUACUACUGCAUGGCGGGCAGCGGGAAGUGUGUCCUCGCCAACGGGAAGGAAAUCUCCGUCCCCUCAGAUUUCUUCAUGGGGUUUUCUUCUGCUGUCAAGUGCAAGAUUACAGCUUCAGAAGCCAUGCGGCUUUUCUGCGUGUUCAGUGAAGAUGACUCCCCCUCUGAGGACCGCGUUGUCGUCAAACCACUCUCGGAGGUGAUCGGAACUGACCGGGACGUGGACUGGGGCAGCGGCUUCAGCAGAAGGUUCCUGCUGAGGGAUGACAAGUUUGGAGUCUCGGUGACCUUGACCUCUGUCUUCACCCGCCCUGAGACAGUGAACGGGGUCCCUAUGUGGUACAAGAACCACAAGGAGACUGCCUACUACAUAAACGGCAACAUGACGUACCAAUGGGAGGAGGGUAAGCAGGAGGCGUCGUUCCGGCCCGGCGGGACGGCGUUCAUGAUGAACAAGAACGACCCGCACCGCGCCCUGCCCAAGGAGGAGUCCCUGAAACUGUGCGUGUUCUACCCAGCUCUGGUCGGCAACGAGAAACACAGCUUCGACGGGGGGUACUCUGUGUACGGUGCAGCCGAGUAAACAUGUCCCUGCUGAGCACGUCGGCAGAAUGUACUGCACCUGCGCAAAACCGUAAUGUUUUGUACAUAGCACUUUGGCAGAACACCUCAUUUAAGGUCAUACUUGCACAUAUAAGGUCAACAUCCCGACUGUAGUUUCCAAAUGUUAUGUAAGAAAAAAUUUUGUCUGCAACGGGCAAAAUUCUGAGGCAACGUUGACCAAACAUCCAACGGAAACCGUGAAAAAUGGGGGUUUUGCACAAGCGCAGUACAUUCUGCUGACGUGCCAGCUUUGCUUGUCCCCAUGGUACACCCUUGGCAGGGGAAAGGUUAAGUGUGUCCUUGUCUUAGAAAUGCAGCACGUAAACAAAGCUAUUUAUAGCUAAGGUUCAAACUGAGCAAACCUAGGAGGUUUACAUUAAAUCUUCUUGAGCACUUCAAAAAAAAAA